GCCAGCCCCGCCAGCGCCGCGAUGUCCUGGGCUGCGCUCCUCGGCCUCCUGGCCGCGCUGCUGCUGCUGCUGCUGCUGAGCCGCCGCCGCACGCGGCGACCUGGCGAACCUCCCCUGGACCUGGGCAGCAUCCCCUGGUUGGGCUAUGCCUUGGACUUUGGAAAAGAUGCUGCCAGCUUCCUCACAAGGAUGAAGGAGAAGCAUGGUGACAUCUUUACUAUACUGGUUGGGGGCAGGUAUGUCACCGUCCUCCUGGACCCACAUUCCUACGAUGCGGUGGUGUGGGAGCCUCGCACCAGGUUUGACUUCCAUGCCUAUGCCGUCUUCCUCAUGGAGAGGAUUUUCGAUGUGCAGCUUCCACAUUACAGCCCCAGUGAUGAAAAGGCCAGGAUGAAACCGACUCUCCUCCACAGAGAGCUGCAGGCACUCACAGAAGCCAUGUAUGCCAACCUCUGCACAGUACUAUUGGAUGAUGCUACGGAGGCGGGCAGUGGCUGGCACGAGAUGGGUCUCUUCGACUUCUCCUACAGCUUCCUGCUCAGAGCCGGCUACCUGACUCUUUACGGAAUUGAGGCGCUGCCACGCACCCAUCAGAGCCAGGCUGAGGACUGCAUCCACUCAGCUGAUGUCUUCCACACCUUCCGCCAGCUCGACCGGCUGCUCCCCAAACUGGCCCGUGGCUCCCUGUCAGUGGGAGACAAGGACCACAUGUCCAGUGUCAAAAGUCGCCUGUGGAAGCUGCUGUCCCCAGCCAGGCUGGCCACGAGGGCCCACCGGAGCAAAUGGCUGGAGAGUUACCUGCUGCACCUGGAGGAGAUGGGUGUGUCCGAAGAGAUGCAGGCACGGGCCCUGGUGCUGCAGCUGUGGGCCACACAGGGGAAUAUGGGUCCUGCUGCCUUCUGGCUCCUGCUCUUCCUUCUCAAGAAUCCUGAAGCCCUGGCUGCUGUCCGCGGAGAACUCGAGAGUAUCCUUUGGCCAGCAGAGCAGCCUGUCUCGCAGAUGACCACCCUCCCACAGAAGGUUCUAGACAGCACACCUGUGCUUGACAGCGUGCUGAGUGAGAGCCUCAGGCUUACAGCUGCUCCCUUCAUCACCCGUGAGGUCGUGGUGGACCUGGCCAUGCCCAUGGCAGACGGGCGAGAAUUCAACCUGCGACGUGGUGACCGCCUCCUCCUCUUCCCCUUCCUGAGCCCCCAGAGAGACCCAGAAAUCUACACAGACCCAGAGGUAUUUAAAUACAACCGAUUCCUGAACCCUGACGGAUCAGAGAAGAAAGACUUUUACAAGGAUGGGAAACGGCUGAAGAAUUACAACAUGCCCUGGGGGGCGGGGCACAAUCACUGCCUGGGGAGGAGUUACGCAGUCAACAGCAUCAAACAAUUUGUGUUCCUCGUGCUGGUGCACUUGGACCUGGAGCUGAUCAAUGCAGAUGUGGAAAUCCCUGAGUUUGACCUCAGCAGGUACGGCUUCGGUCUAAUGCAGCCGGAACAUGACGUGCCCAUCCGCUACCGCAUCCGGCCGUGACACAGGGAGCAGACGGAUCCCCGUGCUUGCCACUGCCCAGCCUGCCCCAGCCUCCCAGCUUUCUGCAUGCACAGUUGGCCUGGGUGCAGGGGCCAGCAUUACCACUUCCCUGCUUUUCUCCCAGAAGGCUGGGUUCAGGGGAGGGAAAAGCCAAGAGACAAUGAACAAAGAAAAGACAUCCAAAGCUCUGUGGAUUAUCUGCUGCAAAAUUUUCUUUCCAAAAUCAGGCCUUUUCUGCUCCCAACUCACCUCAUUCAUCAUGCAGAUUUCUUCAGGGCCAGGAGGCGCUGUGAAGACAGACAAGGCAGAAGGAGUCCUCACUGCUCUUCCCCCAACUCCCAGAGGGCCACCUUCCCUGUUCCUAUCAGCUAUCAUGGUCCAGGCCUUAUCCAGUCAAAGCAGAUACUUGCCACAGAAAGGCCACUCAGGACCUAGCAGUGUCCAUUGAUGUCAUUCAGCAGUCAGUCCCCCAAUUAUCCUUAAACCAGCUAAAGCCAAAGGAGUCCCUUAGAAUAUCUGCUUCCCUGGAUGCCCCAUUUACCAGACACUUCCCUCAUUGCUCACACAAGUUGAGAAAAUGCAGGAGAGCUUUCCCAAGAAUGAUGCAUUCUGGGUACAGAACAGGGGCACCUUCCAAACAUGGGGCUCUGAGGAGUGGAGUUUUCUGUUCUAGAGUGACAGGCACCAGAUGGGAUGGGUUUUUUCAGUGUCAGCACUCAGGUAGGGAGCUAAGGAAGACACAGCCCAGACGAGAUGGCUGGAAGAAGCCACCCAGGACUCCUUAGACUGUUCAAACCAAAACAGAAGGUGCUGAUCUCAUGCAUUCUAGUGCAGAAGCCCAAACUGUGGUCACGAUCCAGUCUGCAGAUGUGCUUUGUUUAGACUGCACUUAAAAAAAAUUACCUUAGUUGUUAUCAUCUUUGGGAGAGUUCAUUGAAAAUGUCCAGCUUCUCUUGGAAACAUGGUAUAUCUGACCACACUGGGCUCACAUUACCAAAGAUGUGGGUAACUGUUGGCCAGAGCCGAAUGGCAGCCGCCUCCCUUAUGCAGGACACGAGCUCUCUGCUUCACUGCGGUUCUGACCGAGUCUGCUUCUGCAUUCACAGUGCCUCCUGGCCCUGAAGGCAUCUGAGUGUGAGACCCUGCUCUAACUCUUAGAAGUGACAUUACAAGAGGUGGCGGGGACCAGCUAAUUGGUCCAACCCAGCCCAAGUGCACCACCCUUUGAACAAAUGUAUCAGUGAUGAAAACUUGCCUUUGCCCCAGCUUUAGAACAAAAAGCCUAUGCCAGGCGUGGCGGCACAUGCCUGUAACUCCAGCACUUUGGGAGGCUGAGGUGGGCGGAUCACUUGAGGCCAGGAGUU